ACUGUGGCCCGGGCGCCAGGUCCUUGCCUCGGCCGUGCUGGGGCGGCCUCGGGCCGCACCCGGGAGGGGUGCCCAGCUGGGCGUGUGCGCCCACCUGUUUCGGCGCGUUUCCCACAGCUGACUGGGCCGGGCUGGGGAGGCUUAGAGCCUGAGCGAGGGCGGCGACGGGGAGAAGGCGCAGCGGGACAGAGGGGCCGCGAGCCAGGACCGAGGAUUGACGCGCCCUGAGCGGGGGUGCAGGGCGCUGGCCCGGGUGUGGAUCCCCUCGCGCUGUGCGCCCCGCCCGCCGUCAGCGCGCACUCUCCGUCGCGUUUCCCAGCUGGGCGCGCCCUCCGCUCAAGCCUUGGCCAGCCCCGCGUCCGCCCCGCCCUUGCCACCCCAGUGGGCGUUCCGAGGCCAGCUCCGGCCGCCGCGCUCCGAGCCGCCUACUGUCCGGGCCCCUGGCCUCUCCGGCGCCACCCGACUUGGGUGCAUUGAGGGCGCACAUGGCAGCGGUGGGGCCGCGGACCGGCCCUGGCGCCGGGGCCGACGCGUUGGCACUGGCGGCAGAGCUGCAGGGGGAGGCGACGUGCUCCAUCUGCCUGGAGCUCUUCCGCGAGCCCGUGUCCGUCGAGUGCGGCCACAGCUUCUGCCGUGCCUGCAUCGCGCGCUGCUGGGAGCGCCCCGGCGUGGCGGCCCCCGCUGCUCCCCGCGCGUUGCCCUGCCCGCUGCCCUGCCCGCAGUGCCGCGAGCCCGCGCGCCCCAGCCAGCUGCGACCCAACCGGCAGCUGGCAGCGGUGGCCGCUCUGCUGCGGCGCUUCAGCCUCCCCGCGGGCGCACUAGGGCAGCGCGAGCCUACGCGGGCGGCGGCAGGAUGCGCACUGCACGGCGAACCGCUCAAGCUCUACUGCCAGGACGACGGACGCGCCAUUUGCGUGGUGUGCGACCGCGCCCGCGAGCACCGCGCGCACGCAGUGUUGCCGCUCGACGAGGCGGUGCAGGAGGCCAAGGAGCUCCUGGAGUCCAGGCUGGAGGUCUUGAAGAAGGAUCUAGAGGACUAUGAGGUGUUUCGUUCCACUGAAGAGAGGGAGAGCAAGGAGCUCCUGAUGGCAGCCGAGCGAGAGAAGGUGUGUGCGGAAUUCCAGGCACUGAGGGCCUUCCUGGUAGAGCAGGAGGGUCGGCUCCUGGGCCGCCUGGAGGAGCUUUCCCGGGAGGUGACACAGAAGCAGAAUGAUAACCUGGCCCAGAUCGGGGGAGAGAUCGCCCAGCUCUCCAAGCUCAGCAGCCAGAUUCAGGAGACAGCUUGCAAGCCUGACCUCGACUUUCUCCAGGAUUUCAAAAACACACUAAGCAGGUGCAGCAACGUGCCUGGCCCCAAGCCAACCACAGUCUCUUCUGAGAUGAAAAAUAAAGUCUGGAAUGUUUCCCUCAAGACCUUUGUCUUAAAGGGAUUGCUCAAGAAGUUCAAAGAGGAUCUUCUGGGAGAGCUGGAGAAAGAGGAGAAAGUGGAGCUGACCUUGGACCCCGACACAGCCAACCCCCGGCUCAUCCUCUCUCUGGAUCUUAAGAGCGUGCGCCUUGGACAGCGCCCCCAGGAACUGCCCAGCCACCCGCGCCGCUUCGAUACCAACACGCGGGUCCUGGCGUCCUGCGGCUUCUCCUCGGGGCGGCACCACUGGGAGGUGGAAGUGGGCUCCAAGGACGGCUGGGCCUUCGGAGUGGCCGGUGAGAGCGUGCGCCGCAAGGGCCUCACGCCCUUCACCCCCGACGAGGGUGUCUGGGCGCUGCAGCUCAACAGCGGGCAGUACUGGGCAGUGACCAGCCCUGAACGAACGCCGCUCAGCUGCGGGCACCUGUCCCGCGUGCGGGUGGCCCUGGACCUGGAGGUGGGGGCCGUGUCCUUCUACGCCGUGGAGGAUAUGCGCCACCUCUACACCUUCCGCGUCAAUUUCCACGAGCGCGUGUUCCCGCUUUUCUCCGUCUGCUCUACUGGCACCUACUUGCGAAUCUGGCCUUGAGAGGCAUUGCCGGGCCUCCUAUAGGGCACCAGUCAGCGGCGACUCCUUGUCCUGGCUGCCCUGGGAAGGAAUGUCACCCUCCGACAGGGCCUCCUGGGCACUUUGGGUCUGGUCUCCACUCUUCUGCCCCAUGCUGCCCCCAAGGGGCUUCUGCAGACUACACCAUUGGAAGCUUGAGAGUGGGCAGUUGGGAGAAAGGGCUCUGUGGUUAACUGAGCAGGGGAAGAGAUGCCUUGGACCCUCAGGCCUGUCCCCUGCCUGUUGUUGACAUGUGGGCUUGGCCUGAGGUGUGAGGAGGUAGUGGCAGAUGAGGACCCAUCUCAGCUGUUGGCAGAAUUGCUUUCUAUCCCUGGGGCUGUGGCCCCAACUCUGCAGGGCUUCUGGUUCCCUGGAGCAACACCAAGCCCUGGUGCUGGGCUGUCGUCACUGGCAAGGGCGCAGGUUCAGGCCUGGCCACUAGGUUCUUUCCUGCCUUCUUGUCAGCUGCCCACUCUGCCUUCAUAGCCAUGGAUCCAGCUGGCCUGAGGAGGUCAUCUCCUCAAGCUUUACUCCCAGCUCAGAGAGUCUGGGCCAGAACUCGAAGACCUUUGACCUGUACAUGAGAGAAAGGUCCAGGACACAGUGUGUAGGCAUGGCUGCCCUCCAGCACCCCUCCACGUGAUGAUACAGAGUCAUUUGUACCUCCUUGGCCACAGUGACAGCCACAUAUUCUCACAAUGCCUAAAUCCCUUUCACAUGCCAAAGGACAGUCUUCCUUGGGCAAGGAGACCAAAGGUUCUGGAAUUCUGAAACACCAAACAAUUUUACAGAUGCAACUGCCACCAGCAUGGAAAUGCACAGAGUACAAACAUGCAUCUGACAGACUUUUCUGGAACGUGCCAAAUGUGUGCCAACAGCAGAGGACCCUGGUGCCAAGGCCUGCUCAGCCUGUGCCCCAUGGGUUAUCCCUUGGCUAAUUGUUCUCCAGCUUCUGUAUGGUUGGGCUUCCAGAAAGUGGUGGCAGACUGUCCCUUGCUUAGCGCUCCCCAGGAAAUGGGAGUGGGGAGAUGGAAAUACAAACUGUCAGCUCAU